AUGAAAAUCAAUAGAUAAUUUGUUACAUUAUAAAUAUCAUUUAAUCCAUUUAGCGGUCUUAAACCACAUCGUACAUACUCGAUCUGCUAAAAAUGCAUCGUCUGACAGCUCCUAAGACAUUAUGGGCAUGGGGAAAUAAUAAUUUUGGACAACUCGGACUCGAUUCUGAGGAGCCGUACUUUUCAGUGCCCGAGCAGGUGGAUCUCAAAAGUUUAGAUCUCAAAGCAGAUGAAAUUAAGGGAAUCUACACCGGGACGUAUAACACAUUCAUGGUGCUCAAAAAUGGAAUUGUCUAUGGUACAGGAUUGAACAACGUGGCCCAAUUGGGAGCGAAUCCUUUGAUAGUGAGGAAAUUCACCCUGCUAGAUAACUUAGACGAUUAUUGCAUCCGUGAUAUGGCAGUAGGCUAUGAAGUGAUUUAUGCGAUUACAGAUAAUGGAACACUUAUAGGUUGGGGUUCCAAUGCUCUGGGCAAGCUUUCACUUGACCCAAAUAAGUUUCUCACAUGCAGAAUACCAGUUGAAAUCUAUGAUGAUGUCAAGAAAAUAGCUGUUGGAAAUAACUUUGUCAUCAUUCUUACUAAUGAAGGAGAGGUGCUGACAUUUGGUGAUGGAAGAAUGGGCCAACUUGGUCGAGAAUGUAGUGAAAAAUUUUGGAAAGUAAAACCGAUGCAAUUCGACAUGCCUGUGAGAUCAAUCACUUGUGGGCAAUUCCAUGGUCUUCUUAUAACAGAAAACAACAGAAUAUUUACAUGGGGAUCAAACAAUUGGGGGCAGCUUGGAAUCGAACCGGAUAAAAUAAUGAACCCACUGCCUGUGGAACUGACAUUUCCAGUUCCAAUCGACAGGAAAACAAAAAUCCGAUGCGGCUGGCGACAUUCAGCAGUGUUUUUCAGUAAAGGCCAAAUAUUUCAGUGGGGCGACAACAACCAGAAGCAAUUCGUAAGUGGCACGGGGUUGGAAUAUUUUCCGUUUCAGUUCAGAGAAGAAUUCAUUGUGAACAAGGUUGCCAUAGGAUUUGCUCAUACUCUUGUCAUAAUUGAAAAAGGUAUUAUCAUGGCAUGGGGUGACAAUACUUCAGGGAGUUGCGGCAUCGGAACGAUAACAAAUUUAACUCUUCCUCUCAAAUAUAGAACAGGUGUCAAAACUGCUGCGAUAAGAAUUUUUGCUGGUUACAAACAAUCUUUCGCUUUGGCAUUAUAAAUCAGAUAAUUUGAU